GUAAUUAUAUUUGGCACGCUCAUUAUACGUAUAUAAAAAAUAUAAAUUUAGAUUUGUUAAAAUCUUUUUGCUUUCUUCUGGAAUCUUCUCAUAAAGUUCAUAGCUGCUUGUUUUCUAUAAACUUUUGGGUGUGAAUGGUUGCAAAAAUAUAUUGAAACUUUUUUUCGAAGACCACUGUCAAACUGAUAGACAUGUCCUUUCGUCAUAUGAGACCAAUUAUAAUAAUUUCAACAUCACUGUUGGCAUUUCAUUUGCUUACGUCAAUAGAAACUGUGCGAAAGCAAAACGUCAAAAAAGAAGAAAAGUUAGAUUUUGGAAAAUUGGAAGCAUCGUACUCCCUGGCAGAUAAGAAGCAGUAAAAUAGCGACUGAAAACAACAAAAUUUUUCAUAAUUAAAGAUGGCACAGAAGGCUCAGGAAUUAGCAGAAAAAUACCGGAAAUCGGUUGAAGAAGCCCUCAACGACCGAAGCAAACCUUGGACACAAGCAUUUGAAAUUGUUGAGUCAAAAACAAACGUUCCAAGAUUAUAUUUAUUUUUGGGCGCUGUUGCAUUUUGUGCCUUGUACUUAAUUUUCGGGUAUGGUGCACAAUUGCUGUGCAAUACAAUUGGCGUUGCCUAUCCUGCUUACAUCUCCAUACAUGCCAUAGAGUCGAGUACAAAAUUGGAUGAUACUAGAUGGUUAAUUUACUGGGUGACUUAUGCCAUAUUGUCAUUAAUUGAAUACUUCUCCGGUUUUCUUACUUCGGUCAUACCUUUUUACUGGUUGCUUAAGUGCGCAUUCUUAAUUUGGUGUAUGCUGCCUAUCGAAAGGAAUGGUUCCUUCGUCAUCUACCACAGCGUCGUACGCCCAUAUUUUCUGAAGCACCACCGAGCUGCUGACGAAUUUAUUGAUAAAGUGGCAGCAAAAGCUAAGGACUCUAUUCAUAGUAUCACCAAACAAGAUUAAAUUAUUGGAGGCAAUUUGCAGCAUUACUUUUUACUUGAGGUGAUUGCUUGCAUAUCCUGAAAAAGUAAACUCAUGUAAGAAUGUAAACUAAACGGGAGCUGGAGGAGGGACACAACAAAAAAACGUAUGAAACAAAGACGGAAACUACAAAGAACAAAGACAUAGUAAAAAAUAUUUCACAUGGCAACAUUUCUUUAUAUAUGGCUUCGCGGAGUUUCUGAGCCCACAUCUUUUAAUUAAAUUAAAUCAACAAUAAAAUUUUUAGUAUACCGUUUUUAGAAAUCACGAAUACAAGAGCUACGUAUAAACCGGAAAAAUCAUGUGUAUUGUGCAUUUUAAGUCCAAUAUUUGAAUGUCUUAAGAAUACGUACGCAAUAAAAGAAGUAAUUGCACUGCUAUUAUGCACCUAAGCUGCAGAUUAUCAUCACUAUUCGUUGCUUUUAAAAUUUUGUAUUUGAAUCAAAAUUUUUAUUGUAAGAAAUUAAAUAUAACAGUAAAUAA